UUGCAACACAGUUUCCUGUUGUCAUUGAGACUGCAGCUACAGAGAUCAAUUUUAUAUUUUUGUGCAAAAAAAUCCAUUAUUUGGAUGAUGAAAGCAAAAAACGCAGCUGUUAAUGAUAGCUCGCUAGUGGCCGAUACAAAAGUUAAUUAAACAGGACUUCUAAUAUGACUUCUUCGGAGCUGGAUAGCCGAAACAUCGCCAUAUCGAUGCGAAAAUCAGUAGAAAACUUAGUGAUAUCAUCUCAGGAUGCCAUCGGACAGAGCAUCAGCCAAGCACUCACAUUCUCCGGGGUGAUCACACAACAUGCCAACAAUAUUAUACAGGAAAACAGGAGCGUGUCGCGUUCGCCGUCGCCGUCGCCGUCCGCCUCGCUCCGGAACACCGACAGCGCCAGCGAAGCACUGGACAAUGACAAGACGAGCGAGGCGUCGCUGCACAUGCCGUGCCACGCGGGCGGCGACUCCGCGUCCGUGUCCAGCGGCGAGCUGGCCGUCACCGUCGUCAGCGCCGCGCCCGCGCUCAAGGGGGACAACCCCAAGUCGUCGAACCCCAACAACAAGGGCGUGGACGGCGCCCGCACCAAGAAGAAGAGCUGGUACAACUCGCUGUACCCCACCUACAAGAGCAAGUCUGAUGACUUCAAGAGGCUCUUCAAAGAUUUGCCUGAUGAUGAGAGACUUAUAGUUGACUACUCGUGUGCGCUACAGAAGGACAUCCUGGCUCACGGGCGCCUGUACGCGUCACAGAACUACCUCUGCUUCUACGCCAGCAUCUUCGGCUGGGAGACCACCAUGACCACGCGCUGGAAGGAUGUCACUGCUAUCACCAAAGAAAAGACUGCACUUGUAAUACCAAACGCCAUCCUAGUGUGCACGGAGGGCGAAAAGAACUUCCUGACAUCGUUCUCGGGGCGCGACAAGGCAUACCUCAUGCUGUUCCGCAUCUGGCAGAACGCGCUCAUGGACCAGCCCAUGACCAGCCAGGAGUUCUGGCAGUGGGUGCACAGCAGUUACGGCGAAGAGCUCGGCUUCAACUCGGACGAGGAGGGCUACGGCCGCGACGCCAUCGACGACGUGCCGCCACUGCCGCCCGACACAGACCCCGAGCUGGCGGAGUCCUCGCUGGAGGCGCACGGCGGCGCGGAGGGGCGCGACGAGCGGCCCGCGCGGGGACACGCGCGCGAGGCCUCGCCGCCACUCGUGACGAACGGUGAUGCAGAGUACCGCGAGGAGGAGGCGGGCGACACGCUGCCCACAGACAUGUCCGACACCAGCGACAGCGAGCCCGACAAGCCGCACAAUGGCGGUGACGUGGAGAAGUGCUCUGCAGCCCACGACGGCAAGGUUCUCCUCCGCCAGGAGUUCCCCUUCAACAUAGACCAGAUGUUCACCAUGAUCUUCACCAACUCCAAGUUUAACUUGGACUCUUGGCCGCGAGAGGGGACCACAGAUUACGUACAGGCGCCAUGGCAGGCGCAGGGCGGGCUGAAGUGUCGGCAGAUCAGCUACACGCUGGGGCUAAUCGGACCCAUCGGGCCCAAGGAAGUGCAGGUCACGGAAACACAGGUAAUGAACAAGUGCUCGAAGCCGGGCAUGCUGUACUCCAUCGACUCGACGAGCGAGAACGCGGGCAUCCCCUACGCGGACUACUUCAGCGUCGAGGUGCACUACUGUCUGCAGCGCGUGGCCGAGACCAAGGCCCAGCUCGCGCUCUACGGGAGCGUCAUAAAGAAGAGCAUGUGGCCCAUGAUCAAAGCAUUCCUAGAGAAGAACACGAUGUCGGGUCUGGAGGAGUUCAGCCGCUGCUGGAGCCGCGGCCUGGCUGGCGGCGCUGCUGGCGCGCUGCUGCUCGUCAACGCGCUGCUCUACUGGAAGCUCUACCGCCGACAGGACCCCUACGCCUUCGAUCUAGAUGAUUUACAGAACAGGAUGAGCACAGUGAGCGGGUCGCAGAUGUCGGAGGUCCAAGCUGCUGGAGAGCACACGCACCGCCAGCGCGGCCAGCUGCUCGCCUGGCGCGACGCCUUGCAGCGGGCUGUCGCACACCUCGCGCAGACUGAGCAAGCACUAGCGAAAUUACUGGAAACUAUAAAACCUUCGCUAGAGAAAGCGCAACGCGACGCGGAGAACAGAGACGAGCUCUGAGCGGCGCGCGGAGUGUGACACAUACACAGCGGGACUGCCCACACUACAGCUCUACAACAUUCAUUUACUCUACAAUUCCAUGCAAUACUAUGUGCUCGGUUCUACAUAAUCUAGCAAAGAGUUGAUUUGCACUCAACAGAACCAUCUAAAUAUCAAAAACAAUCAUUUUUAUAAGAUGACAGUACUAGUGGCAGAGAAAGAUCACCUGUACCGCCAUGAAAUAAGACUCCAAAUAUGUUCAGCGUUUCGUUAGACAUUGCUCAAACUAUGUAAGGUAAUCGUUUAAGCUAUGAUAUGACCGAUGUUGAUCAUACAACCACUGUGUAUGUACAGUCACACGCUGCGAGGUAAUGUAAUAUAUUUUAUCCUAAUUCGUCUGUUAGAGGUUUUCUCGACAAUUCCUACCCCGUUUCGGUUUAAUGUUCGUAAAAGCACACAGUCCAAUACUUAGCAACGAUUUAUACAUAAAGUAUAUCUUUUGGUGAGUGUAUUCCGUAACUAUUUAUUUAUUUGUUAGUCAAUUCUUAGCUCUGUCCAAAGUUUAUAGUAUGCUAAAAUUCUGUCAGUGUGUGUUCAGAAUUUAUUUGGUAUAUAACAACUCAACAAGAGAUGUAACUUUACAGAAUACUAAAUAUGGCCUCCUAUUUGAGAUGACCCCAGCACGUAAGAAAACCUCACAGAUCCCCACUGUGAUAAAGUAGAUACAAAUAAUAAUUUUAUUCCUCUAGUGAAUACUGUUUACCUUCGUGACGUAUGUACGCCAAGCGUUGUACUUCUCCUUUCCAGUUUACUUGCUAAUGUAAUUAAUUAUAAUUAUUAUAAUUAUGUAGAUUUAUUGUGUUGGAGGUGAAUGAGGCCCCGGGUACCUUAUUAAUUAUUGUAAAUAUAAAUGCAAUAUUACGACUUAAGAUGUGAAUGGCUGUUUUAUACCACUUAAUUAUCUAAAUCAGAACAGCUUUCCUUUUGAAUGAUUUGAUAAUUACAGGUAUCUGUUCCAAAACUUUGAAAAGUGUUCAUAUUUAAAGGCACAUGUUUGCUUUUCUUUUCAACAAAACGAGAAAAUCACCCUUACCAGGUUCCUUGUAUUUUAAUUAUAAGACUUUGUUGUAUAUUUCAUAAUUAUGCUUUAAAGAUUAUGUGUUCGCCGAAUUAUCUGGCAAAUGUCAGUAGUUUGUUUCUAUGUAUAAUGUCAUAAGUAGGUAAGCAGUGGUGGUUACACAAGGUCGGGGUAACAUAAGUGCGUGUGAGUAAUAACUGUUACUGACUACCAGGUGUAGUUGUGUGUGUAGGGGGGGCCUUAUUCACCUCGGUGUCGAGUCGCUGUACUAGAUGUCUGGAAUGAAUGCGUUUUAUGUAAAUUUAAUGAUCACAAUUUAUAUAUUAUAAUUUAAAGUUUAGUUCGUGUGUGAAAUCCAGUACAGUGUAUACGAGGCUUAAGAUUAACGUUCAAAACGUAAUAAGUACUUAUGGCAGUUAUAUUAAAUGUAUGUACAUUCAAUAGUGCACACUAUUUAAUUGUUGCAUGAAAAUAUAUUUAUUACGGCUGGCUAACGCGGACUUACAUACUUGAGAGAACUUGUCAUUUUGCAACAUAAAUGUUAAAACAUGUACAGAUUAUAUUAAUAAAAAUAUUUAUUUAAUAUGUACAUAUUCUAGGAAAUAUUGUGCAUUGUUGAGUGUUAAUAAAAUUCGCAGGCGCAAUAAUAGAUUUAUAUUAAUAUAUCCAGUAAAGGCUUCGUAACCGGCGGUUUGCUUCUAAACAUAAACGUCAAUAUAAUAGCCGCCCACAUAGGCGCCUGCAAACACCACUUACUAAAUGUACUUCACUUAUUUAUUUGUCGAUAAUUUUAAAUUAUUUAUCAGUUUUAUCACAAACUUAUAAACACGGUUUCCCCAAAUACAUAUUAGUAUGUAUGUCUAUCAAAGAUAUUGACAGCUCUACCAAAAAUUCUUAACCACACUCGGUAUUAGGUUUCGAUGAUUGCAUUUGAAGAGUUAGAUAUAUUGUUAAGUAAGGGUAUUGUGUAGUUGACUACCGCCAAACGUCGUGAUACGCGGCAUAGUGCUAAGAAAAUGCGUAUUUUUCAAUUCGUUUAGACAUGUAUCGAUUUAAUGCGUAUUCAAUUAAUAUUUUCUCCAUUGGUCUAGAAUUAUAUACCGUUUAAAGUAUGAAUGUGUAUAAAAACACUUAAGAGUGUACCUAAUAAAAUUACAAGAAUAAAGUUUAAAACAAUUUCUUUGUUUUGUAUUCUCUUUUCUAGCACAUAAUUGAUACAUGUCUGAUAUAGAUGUAAUAGUUUAAUUAUAUUUAAAACGAAUCUAUAAAUUAUAUGUACUAUAAUAAAUUUAAAAAUAUAUAAAAGAAAAUUAUCACAGUGUUGUUUAGAAUCAAAGAGUAUUAAAUGUAAGUAUGUCGAUGUUAUCAUCUAGAAAACAAAGGAAAAUAAUGUAAAUUUUUCAGUUGUAGUAAUGAUCUCUUUUUGUAAAAAUAUUUUACUACACCUAGUUACGUUUCGGUGCUUUAGUUUUAUUGAAAAAUGUAAUGUUUUUCGUUAUUUUUAAUUGAUGUUUGUAUAUUGAACAUGUCAAUUAUGUAUUUUAUUUAUUGGUAAAUCAUUGAAAGGAAUCCACGUUAUUUCAGAAGAUGCCUCAAGUUUUAUUUGCAUAUACUUUAGCGGGACACGUGUAAUGCCUUUAGAAUAAAUGAAUUGUGGAACAAUAUUGACUCAUCGCAGUUGUAAUAAAACUUCAUUCCAGAUGUGUGAAAUGAUCUGAACCUAUAGAUAAGGUGGAAUGGUGGGACAAAUUAUAUAUAUAGAUUCCUAUUAGAUAUACCUUUGUGCAUUUCUAAUGUGAAUGAAGUUGGUCUAGGAGCGGGCAGGAGUUCACAAUUGUUAUAGAGAAUGUCUGCCAUGAUGUCCUAAGUUCUCUAAACUAGUGCUUGAGAAACAUUCAUUUGUCUACGUUCAGUUUUAGUGAAUGAGUAGCAAGUGUAGCAACUGUUUUUGAUCUUUCUCAAUACUGGCUGCAAUAAGUACGUUGCAUUUUGAGCUCUAUUCCGUGAACCUAGAGAAUAGUGUGUCAGUUUAGUGUAUUAUUAUUGCGUCUGGUAUAGAAAGCUCCCAAAGAAUUGCUCUCCAGACUACAGUACUUUGCUACAGGAAAUGGACGUUAUCUAAAAGUAGAACUUCGGACCUUGUUUGUGUGUAACCUGCUAACGCAAGAUCCCUUUUAUCGUGGGUUCAAUAAGCUCAAGUAAAAACUUGCCUACUACCUAUAAAUUUCCCUAACACUAUAUUUAUGAAGUAAACCAAUAAUGACACGAGUUUAUAUCGUUUACGGUCGAAUCAUUCGUGUAGUGAUGUGAGCGACAAUAACGAAUGCCCGCUCUUCAGUUCAUGCGCCGGUUUGAGCGCUAGCCAGAACUAAGGUGAAUUUAUUGCACAAUUGUAAUUCCAUUUUAGGUGUAAUGGAUUAUGUAAGUUAGACAAUUCUAUUCUCAGUAUUGAAUAAAUAUUUUAAUGAA